CGGCUGUCCUCCUGUGCGGAUCGAUUCUGGCGUUCGUCGCUACUUAAAAAAAAAGGAAGCAAUCGCGGCUCGCAAGAUCACAACGAAAAAUUGCGGAUUUUUUUUUGCAGAAGCAACCGAAACGAAAUUAAUCGCAAGCCCACACUUGCUAAAGAACAACGUGAUUAUAAAAACGAGCAUUUUUCGUGAGAAUUCGAUGUGCAAGUGUCAGUGAACGUUAAAGUUAAUGCCGGCCGUGUCCGCAAUCUUGUGCAGCAGUGCUUCCCGCCGGGGUGCCACGUUAAGGUGCACAGCCUAUAAUAAUGCAAUCAAGCGAUUGAUUUAAUUGAAAAGAUAAUAAAUUCUGCCUUUGGUGCAGUGCGCUCCCGGUAAAGUGGUUGAUUCGUUUGAGGUUUGCCCAGGUUGGUGCAGAGCUUUCUCCCCCACCAGCCCUUCGCACGGUGUGAUCUCGGGGGGUUUUAUCGGUGGCGCAAUCAAAUUUCCGAUCCGAGUGUGAUUUUACAGGGAAGCGCCCAGCAAACGACCUUCCUUCCGUGCAGUGUGAGAUAAGAAAAAAAAGCACGCUUAACGAGGUGUGAAGUAAGCAUCCGUGGAGGUUUAAUUUUAUUGGCAUGAAGGAAGAAAAAACGAAACGAAACUGGUCAAACGCAAGCAUAAAAUCAACCUGUGCAGUUUGAUCGAGCUGCGGUCCGAACAUUGAUCGUGGUGCUCCCGGGGGCACCAGAAAUCAGCCGAAUAAAUAUUGACUAACGUUAUACUGGCGGGCAGUGGCGGGGGAUAAAAAAUAUUUUGUGAAGAAAAGAAAGUGCAUCCAGUUAACCGAUAACCAAAGGAUAAAUAAAGUGUACUACCUGACAGAAAACGACCCUCAUUCCGGGAACUAAAUUAGAAGUGCAAGCAAUUCGUUAGAAGCUAAUGGCAACAUCCUGCACAGAAAAGCACCACCUCAUCGUGCGAUAAGCUAAGCUGGAAGUGUGUCAAGUUACCCAGUGGUAAAAGAUAAUUUAAAACCUCCCCGUCUACUGGUUGAAUGGUUGAAUUGCUCUACUGCAUACUUUAAAUGCAGAUUGUGUUGUUUUUUUUGUUACUUCUGCUUAACUCGAUCGAAAUCGAUAAAAUUCCAAGCAGUGGAAUUCCGUGCCGUUUUGCCGUGGGGUCGUGCGUGUUCGAGCGUGUCGCGUAUGAUAUUGAGUUACACUUUGCGAUAGUGCCGUUUUGCGUGACAAGUGAAGUAAGUUGCUGGUGUUAGGUUAAGCGUGCAAGUGAUCGUGUCUUACCAAAUUGAUCAUCAAGCGAAUUGCGAGAUUACCCGGUGUCCUUGUGCAAGACAACACAGAGCAAAAUGUCUAAAGUGAAAGUUCACAGCAGCAAGGUGCAACGGCUAGAAUCGGUCCUGAAGUUCACCGUGACCGGUUUGACACUGCUGCUUUUGACAGUUCCGGUGAUGACAGUGCAGCAGGAAGAUAACAGCGUCGUCACCGGUGGACCAACCGCCCAUCAUCAUCAUCCUCAUCAUCAUACACGUCACCAACGGCACCAAUUCCAUCGGGAUGGUACCAAACAGCAGUACGGCGACAUCGGCGACGAUGGAGGUGGUGAUGGCGACGGUGGUGGUGGUGGUGGCGGUAUUAUUGAAAAUUUUCUACUCAUCGACUACCUGAACGAUGGCGAGCGGGAACGGCGACUCCAUUGGAACGGGGUAGUCGGCAAGGAGACAAGUCUAGCCGAUAGUAGCUCCAACAAAACGCUCAGUCUCUGGCAAAUGGCUACCCACAAGUACCUGAUGCAGAUCAUCUACAACAGCGAAGGUCAAAUGAUGGACUGCGAGUACGUACGGCAGCGCGAUAUGUUGCAUCAGUUUCGUGGCCGCUUCUUCGCCGAGUUUGCCCAGGCACGGGCACGCAACUUUAGCUCGGGCCAGGGCGGCCCCCAGACAGUGGACCGUGCCUCGCUAGUGUCCAACCAUGACUUCCGGCAGUAUCUCGAGCAUGACAUCGUUACGCCCGAGAUGGAGGAGCUGCAGUACAAUGUGUACGAGUUUCCGGCCGGCGUACCGGCCGCCCAGCAGACCAUCGAUGCGUUCGGCAUGCGCAACCUCACGUACAUUCCGCUCCGCGCCGCUGCCGACAUACCGGCCGAGCUGCUGGAGCAGCUCAACUUCCAGCAGCUGAAGCAGCGGUGCAACGUGCGGCACAUGCAGCUGAAGGAGAUUGCCACCGGUCUGCGGAGUGCCGAUCCCGAGCACAAGCGGAUAGCGAACGAGAAGUUGCAGAGACAGCGCCGCGAUCUGUCCAGCAUGAUGCGCGUCCCGGGCACGAAAUGGUGCGGCAAGGGCUGGAGUGCCCGUAACUACGUCGACAUGGGCGGCUACUCCAAGGCCGAUCGGUGCUGCCGCCAGCACGACCUAUCCUGCCCGUUCUGGAUCCUGGGCUUCGAGACGAAGUACAACCUGUUCAACUGGCGCGUCGGCACGCUGAUGCACUGCGGGUGCGACGAGAGAUUCCGCACCUGCCUGAAGCUGGCCGACUCCAAGGACGCCAACCUGGUCGGGAAGCUGUUCUUCAACGUGAUGCAGAUGAAGUGUUUCGUCUUCAAGCCGGAAACGGUUUGCACGAAAAAGUCCUGGUGGGGUACCUGCGAGCGCAAGGGCCGCCGGAAACGGGCGGUACUGCGGCACAAUCGAAAGUUUUAAAAGCAACCGUGUGCAAAUCCUGUAAAAAAAAUAAUCGCGCAAACAUGAGAUUUUAGUUAUUAGUGCAUCGCAUCUGCCACGUGGUGUUGUUGGGCAGGGUCGCUCGCUGGGGCAUCCCAUAUCCCCCGUUUACCAAAAUGUUAUUUAUUGUGUACAGAUUACCUUAUUUAUUGCUACCGUUUUGUCCAUUAAAAAAAACUCGCGCCUGGGGUCGCACAAUUUGAAGCUUGCUUGUUGAUGAGGUGAACGCGCGUUCUCUUCUACUUGCUCUAAUGGCUGCACAAAUACGUGACACCAGGGCUUGUGCAUGUGAGUUCCAACGGAUUCCUAUUAGCUUUGUAAGGCACACACACACAAACAUAUAAACACGACAGCAAUAGGUGACAGAAAAACAAUCGUGGUGAUAAAACAAAUCGGGCUAGGAUGUAAGGAUUAGAGUUGGUAAGGCGUGAUCGUGAUCGUGUGACUAUUUAAUAAGUAAACCGAGUAUUCAUCAAAAUAGCCACGCAUACACACAUACAUCUACAUCCACAUCGAAUGAUCUGACCUAAUGUAGGCUGAGCAAGUAGUUUACUGAUAGUAGUAGAAGUAUUAGCGAAUGUUUGAUUAGCAUUGCGUAAGCUCUGUUUCUCCGCAUGACCGUAUAGGCGUAUCGAGAUAAGCGCAUAGAUUCCAUGACAUAAAUUCAUUUAAAACAAAAACAACCGAUCGUAACCAGAUGAAGCGAAUGGUGCGUAUUUAUUACUGAAAGUCCUGAACUGAAUUGUGCUCCAAGGAGGGGUUUUGGACCUAGGCAUUGUUGGAGACUCAAGCAUACUAAGGAGGUUCGGAAGCUAAAGCGUUGCAUUAGGGCCUGAACUCAUCACCCUGCCAACUAUUGAAUUUAUGUUUUUUAGUUGACAAAAGGCGUGUUUUUUUAAUUGAACUGUGAGAAAACUAUCAAACAAUCAACUAAAAACUAUUCAACUGAUUGAGUUCUGACUGUAGUACGCAAUCUAAGCGAACUGUUCACGUGCCGUUUGCGCGUUUGUAAAUAUUAGACUUAGACUAGGCAAAGAUCUGCAAACUGUGAAAACAAACGCUUGAAACGCUUUGAUUUGGUGUAAAAAUUAGACGUUAGUAUAAUUUAGUGAUGUACAUAGUAAGGUAGGAAGUGGUUAAGUCGAGAGAGGGAAUCAAAACUAAAAAAAUAAAACUACCAUUGAAGUGUAUACAUCUGAGACGGGCGUGUUGAAUGCUGUUUUAUCGUUAACGGAUUGCGUUGGAGAAACCUACGAAAUACGGCAAUAUUUAUAUGCGUAUGUAUAGCACAGCGCCACCAGCACUACCGUAGACAAUUAUUGUAAAA